AUGAUGAUGAGGGUACCGUGGAGGACACGCCCGAAUCGCGGGCAGGUGCCGCGGCGGUCAGAGGAAUGCGGUGACACGGCGGAACCGGUUAGGGGCUGUACCACUUGCGGAACCUCUCUCCUCCCGUCUUCCUAUUUAGGCAUCAUCGGUAUAACAUCGAGUGGCGGAGGUUCGAUUACUAAGAUGGUACCAUAUGGUGGCCCAGUCUGUUCCAGGCGGUUGGUUUCCAUUGAUCCAACCAACCCUUACCAUUCUUCCACUCUCUUGCACGCCUAUAGCAAUGGGUCCUUAUUGCCUCUGAUCCUAUCUAAUCUUUGA